GGCUUCAUUCACCAUUUUGCGACUGUAGUGUAGAAUGUACAGGGCAGUAGUUUUUCCUCCUUUUAAGUUGCUUUGCCGGAGAAACAUGAACGGCUGCUAAUUGGCAGCUGCGGACGACCGGCCACCCUGCCCUAUUUUACCCGGCGGACUCAACAGAGAAUCACACUGGGGUACUAUAUUAGCACUGUUUCUGGAAUAAGGUGGGCAAGUGCCGAAGUCGCACAACGAAGACAAGACAGGAUGGGAGAGAGAGGCCCCAGCAGAGGAGGAAAAUAGAGAGAAUAGAAAGGAGGGGGAAGAAGAACAAAAACGAGGCAGAGCAAGGGAGGAACGCCAAAGAGAAUCUCUGGAAUAAAUAAAUAAAAAGACUUGUUUGGAGAAAAGGCAAGCUAGAUGAAAAGAUGAAGCCGAUAAAAAAGCAGGGCCGGCGCUCUCCUCCCUCCACUCGGGCCAAAGGGGGGAAGCGCCGCGGAGUGGGGGAUGCCCCAGAAGGAGGGGAGAAGAGAGAUUCGGAUGAAAACAGAAACAGAAGCAGAUCCCCACAAAAUCGAACACCCUCUUCUUCUAAUUCACACUCGGAGUCCCCUCAGGCAGACCCAAUCAGAGCACGGGACACCUUAGAGGGGGAGGGGAUUCACAGAGAAGGGCUGUCAGAGACGACAGUAUCCCUUGUAAUGAAUUCUGGGAAAUUUUUGACAUCCUCAGAUGAUAGAUCCGGGAGGUCAGUUGUGAGUGGCAGCAGCCACAGUGACAGUGGUGGUAGUAGUUGUAGUAACAGUAGUACACCAAGCGCCAACAACAGCCCAAACCCCGCCUCAAGCCGAAAAACAGCCACCUUCAAGGCUCGCGUUCCCAAGAAAAAGUACACGUCUGAACACUGCUCGUCUACCACUGGUAACCAUAGCAACCCUUCCUCCAGCACGCCCCCUCCUCUUCCUCUUAGUGGUGGGAUCAUCAACCAUGAGUUAACGGGUUCAGGAAGUGACAUCUGUGUCUCGCACCCUGAUGGCAACAAUCACAGUCGGAGCCUGAUGGACAACUUCCACAGCAGGACCACUGGCAGGGAUGGGCCUCAGGAUAACUCUCCAGGACCCCCACCCCUGUCACUGGGAGGGGAGAGGGAAAGACCUGGAAGAGGUGAAGGGGUAAGAGAUGCAGAGCGAGUGUCGCCCAGUCCCCUGCCUCGCUGUUCCUCAACAGACACCGCCAGUGAGCACUCAGCUGACCUGGAGGUAGUCGGCGACACACAUACCCCUACACAGAUGUCUACACAUGCACCACCCACUCUCCCUGAUGCUCUGUCGGAUGCCCUGGCCAAAGGGCUGAAGAAUCAGCGUGUCCUCGCCCGCCAGCUUAGGACAAGAAGUGACGAGGAGGGAGGUAGUGAAAGGGAUGAAGGAAGGAGUUCAGACUUGGUGUUCCGGGCUGGGGUGGUCCGUAAGGUCAGCGGUGAAUUUGGAAGCCUGGAGGUACAACUCAAUGGGGAGAAGACGCUGUGCCGUUAUCCGUAUCAACAUGACAGCCCCCCAGGGGUGGUGGACAUUAUCCUUGAUGCCCCGCCCCCCGGUGUUCAUCCAAUACCUAUGGGCACCCGCGUCUGCGUGCCAUUUGGCAAUGAGGAGGGCAGCGAGGGCCAGUGGCAGUGGUACCGAGAGGGUGUGGUGACCCAGGUGGACACACACCCUGCAGUGGCCAACCGCUACCGUGUCCUGCUGUCUGAGGAAAGAUCUCACUCUGCGGACGAGGAAGAGGAUGGCAGAGGGGCAGCUGCUGCUACCCAGGCAGUGUGGGUCUCCCGACAAACACUCCGGCUUCUGGUGCCACCAUGGGACCUGGAUCUGCCUUCUGGAGGAGGACGAGAUGUUGAAGAGGGGGUCAGAGACAAGGAAAGGGAACGGGAGGACAGGGAGGAGAUGGAUGUGGAGCAGGAGGUGUGUCGUUUGAGCAGGGGGUUGACACCCAGCGUGGGGUCGGUGUUGGGGAGAGGCAUGCCCUACCCAGGCAUGGUCCCUGUGUCCUCCACAGCGGGCCACAACAUUGCCUCCCCAGUAACCCCAGUGUCCGUCCUCAGCCUCGUUCCUGGCCGAGAGUGGGAAAUUGAGAAAGACUUGGAGAGAGAGAGGGACCUACAGAGAAAACAGGAUAGAGAGAGGGAAAGAGAGCGAGAAAGGGAGAACAGUGCAAUGCAACAGCAGCAGCAGCAGCAGCAACAGCAACACCACCCAUACAUGCCACUCACCCCCGAAGAAGACAUGGAGGUGUCCCACUUUAACAUGGUCCCAAUGGGGGCGAUCAUACCUGGGGUCAAACCAAUGGCAGUUCCCCAACACCGCCACAUAGUCUCUAAGCCCCCGCCUGGCUACCUCAAUCCGCACCUGUCUGUGGUUCGGGGCAUCGGGAUCCCCCCUGCGCACCUGACCUUGAACCCUCAUCCUCCUCCUUCACCUGUCCUGUUAGGCCUUGACCCAGCAACCGCAGCAGCUGCAGCAGCUGGUGCUGUCAUUGCCACCCCCCAGCUCCCUCCUCUCCCUCCCAUCUCAUCUUCCACAGCAUCCUCCUCCAGAGUAGAGAAGGCCUCGGGAGGAGGGUCUACCAGUGGGGGAGCAGGCGGUGGCAGUGGAUCCGGAUCAUGUUCAACCUCUUCCUCACGUUCCCGCACCCCACUGACAGCUGCCCAGCAAAAGUACAAGAAGGGAGAUGUGGUGUGCACGCCAACAGGCAUCCGUAAGAAAUUCAAUGGGAAACAGUGGAGGAGGCUGUGCUCCAGGGAGGGCUGCUCUAAAGAGUCCCAGCGCCGAGGAUACUGCUCAAGACACCUCUCAAUGAGGACCAAGGAGAUGGAAGCAAGUGGAGGCGGCCGGGAACGGGGUGGAGCCAGCAGCACAGGGACCCUGACACCAUCCGACCUCCGACUGAGCGGUGGGAGAGCAAGCUCUGAGUUUGACUGGGAUGAGACCUCACGGGAAAGUAGUGAGGCUAGCAGCCGUGGAGGAGACUCCCGCCCCCGUUUGGUCCUUCCCUCUCUGCUCCCCCAGGACCUCUCUCGCUUUGAUUUUGAUGAGUGUGAGGCAGCGACCAUGCUGGUCUCCCUCGGGGGCUCCCGCUCAGGCACGCCAUCAUUCUCCCCUAUCUCCAACCAGUCGCCCUUCUCCCCUACCCCAUCACCCUCACCCUCUCCGCUCUUUGGCUUUCGCCCUGCCAAUUUCAGCCCAAUUACUGCUUCUGCCUCACUUCCUCCACGCCGCCAUCGGCAGCUUAGCGGUACUAAGAUGGGCACACCAGGGGCUGAGAGAGAGCGCCACCUGUCAGGGAUUGUACCCACUUUUCAGACCAACCUCACUUUUACAGUCCCCAUGAGCCCCAGCAAGAGGAAGCUCGACACACACCCACCCCCUCCACUGCCUGCAGUCCAGGACUACCAGACCAAACCUGAGCAACAGCAGCUGGUGGGCAUAGGGGGAGGGGUGGUGGGAGACCCAAACGUGGGCCACAGUCCUGCCGCCUUCAGAGUCCUUUCCCCCCAGAGUCAGCCCACAACCCCCUCUUCACUUUCCUUUCCCCGGCCCCGUAGCGCCACCAGCAGGCCACCAUCCUCUGCUGCCUCCACACCUCCACCCAUGCUGGUCUCGCCCACUCCUCCCUCCCCGCUGCCCCAGGAACCCUCCCCUCGGCGGAUUGUGCCCCUUCGCGAUUCCCCAGUCAUUGUCCGCAACCCAGAUGUCCCCCUGGCCAAAUUCUCUGAUGGCCCGUUAGGAAGGAGAGAGAAAAGCAGGUCCAGAGAGCACAGCCAGCCCCAACAUACAGCUCCUCCAGGCCUGCAGGUCCCUGUCCCCAUCAACGGGGCCACCACCAACGGUGCAGUUCUCCUGCGCAACCCUACAUCCACACUUGUCCUGGUCACCUCCAGCUCGUCCCUGACUCCAGCCACAGUGGGCCACACUGCCCUGUCCAGCCCCUCCACCCCUGGGUCGAUGCCCACUUCAUCGAGCUCAGUCCUGUCCUCCUCUGGUUCUGGAGGCAGGGAGAGAGAGAGGAAACCUGAGGGACACCAGGAUGCCUCUGGAGGGGCCCUGCCACAGCCGGUAGCAUGUCACCCAACGCCUACUGCCCUGCUGCCGCUUAUAUUGCCAGCUGAGUCGCCUCACCCUGCUCCACGCAAGCAGAUCAUCAUGGGACGUCCAGGGACUGUUUGGACCAACGUGGAGCCUCGGUCGGUGCCAGUGUUCCCUUGGCAUUCACUCGUCCCUUUCCUGGAGCCCAGCCAAUCAGGAGCGGCUGCCCAGCCUGCUGAUGGCCAACAGCUUGUCAAUCAGAGCAAAGAGCCUCGUUGCGCUGUGGCCCUGGUGAGCGACGGGCGAACCGGUCCUCCAGACCUAGAGAGGGGUUCUCCAUCAUGCCCUCCCCCGACCAAUGAUAAUCCUCCUACAGACAGGGGCGUAGCUGACAGCGAGACAGAGAGCGAUACAGAUGACCCGUUCUCCCCGGGUGUGGCCAACGAUCCAGCGCCCUCCACUGGCCCCAUGAAGAGACGCACGCAGUCCCUCAGCGCUCUGCCCAAGGAUGGAGACAGGAAGAGGGAAAAGGACCACAUUCGCCGUCCCAUGAAUGCAUUCAUGAUCUUCAGUAAACGCCACAGAGCCCUGGUUCACCAGCGACACCCCAACCAGGACAACCGGACAGUCAGCAAGAUCCUGGGGGAGUGGUGGUAUGCUCUGGGACCCAACGAGAAGCAGCAGUACCACGAUCUAGCCUUCCAGGUGAAAGAGGCCCACUUCAAAGCCCAUCCAGACUGGAAGUGGUGCAACAAGGACCGCAGGAAGUCACUGUCAGAGGGCCGUGGGACACCAAAGGAGCAACGGGAGAGGAGCAUGUCAGAGAGCAUAGAUGCCCAUCCAGACUCCCAGGUGCUGGAGGGGAAAGGAGGAGUCUCUGGCUGGCCUGGGGGGUCAGAGCGUAGAGGGGGGCUAUUUUUGGGGCAGCACCCUCGUCCCAGAGCCUUUUCCCAGAGUGCUGUGCACACCCUGGAGCAGAGGGAAAGAGAGGGAGACCUGGAGAAGGAGGAUGGGUCGAGUUUGUUUCGCCACCGGCCCCUGCCUCAGUCCCUGUACCAGGGCGGGGUCAGUGAGGAUGUGACCAGUGAUGAAGAGCGCAUGGUCAUCUGUGAGGAAGAGGGGGACGAUGAUGUUAUGGAGGAUUCCUGUCCUGAAGGCUCCAUUGACCUCAAGUGUAAAGAGAGAGUGACGGACAGUGAUGAGGACGAACCGGAUGGACAGCAUGGCUUCCAGCCAGUGGCUCGCUCCUCUCUCCCCUCUUCCUCUCCCUCCAUGCCUCACUCCAACUCCACCUCAGCUAAAGGGAAUGGAGGAGGAGGAGGUGGUGAAGAGGGGUCUGAGAGGAAGAGAACGAGAGGUACAGACGGAGGAGAGGAGGGAAGCGAAGGAGGAUCCAAGAGUGAAGAAGGCAGUGGAAGAGGUGGGCAGAGUGUCUCCUCUCUCUCCAUCACAGGCUCAACAUCCAGCACCCAGGCUCCCCUUGCUUUGGCCCAGCAGGGGUUGACCCAGGUCCUCGGCACCGCCCGCAUGGCUCCCACUAUGGUGACCAAUGUGGUACGACCCAUCGCCAGCACGCCCAUCCCCAUCACCAGCAAGCCAGUGGAAGGAGCCGUCACCCUCAGCUCCCACGCCCAGGACAAGAAAGCCACUCUCCUGAUUGGAGGAGGCGGACCUCAGCAGCUGCCAAUCACCGCAGGGGGUGGGUACCUGUCCUCAUCCUCCUCCCCAGGUCCAGUCAGUGUAACCCCUUUGGGGGGAAGCGGCCUGGUCACUAGCCUAGUUCUGGGAGGGUCCUUUCCCGCUGCCCAACCAGUGCAGAUCCUUACCCCCGCGCAGCCUCACGCACAAACCCCCCUACCUAUCCUCCAACCCCAGCUCCAUCCCACUGCCGCCACCUCCUCUCUCACACCUGCCGCCGGCCCCAAGCCUCUAGCACAGGUCCAGUACAUCCUGCCUACUGAGAGCCCCUCCUCCCCUCAACUCACCCACCAGCAAAUUCUCUCCCUGCCCACCACUGCGGCCCUGGCCAAUGGCAUGCACACGGGGGCGGGAAUCAGAGUUGCUUCAGUCAGCCCUGGGACCAGAGUCCAAACCCAGUCGCCUGUCUUGCAGAGCAAGAUGUUGGUUCCCAUGGCAACAGUGAGAACAGGGUCUACUCCUCCUCAUCCUUCCAUUUCCCUGGUUGCUCCACCUCUUCCUGUGCAGAACGGCCCCACGACAGGAAACAAGAUCAUCCAGAUCGCUCCCAUGCCUGUGGUCCAGACCAACAUUCACCCUAGCGGCUCAGCAGCAGUGCAUCCUGGGAGCCCCUUUCCUGUUUCCAUGGCAACGGUGAUGGCGCCCGUUGCCGCGCCCCCGCAGACCGUUCUUCUGACCUCUCCACCCACCAGGAUCACCUACGUCCAGUCUGGCCCAGGAGGCACCACAGCAACACCCCAACAGGCCACACCCGCUCCAUGCCCGACAUAUCUCCCAUCAUCUCUGGCAACCCUGGGUUUCACCGCCAUCGCCCCGGCUGGGCAAACCCUGGUUCAGCCACUCAUUGGUCAACCGCCACUGUUAGCUCCGGCCCCACCCCUGGGCUCUCCAGGUCAGGCCUCGGGAACAGCUGGUCGUCAGGUACUAACUGCCAUAUACCCUGCACCAACCGUUGCACUGGCUACUGGCGUGGUCUCUGUGACAACCAUGCCGCCCGCAGUGGCCACCCCAGCCCAGGACGUUAUAAACCCCUCCUCUCCGUUGGCGACAGGAGUGCAGGGUUCAGCGGCAGCAUCCCCUCAGGCUAACGUUACAAUGGAUGUGCAGCCGAAGGUGGAGGUGAAGAGGGAGAGCCAGCUGGAUGAGGAUGGAGGACACGGGUUGCCGAGCUGUGCUGUCAGCUUGUCAGUGGCCACCUGUAUGAGUAAUGCCACAGCAGUCAAAAAAGAGGAGGACAUCUGUCUGCACAUUAAAGAAGAAAAUCUGAGAGAUGGACACAGCAGAGAGACACGAAGUGAGAUGGACAGAGAACGAGAGAGAGGGAUGAAGGAGAACAGUGAAAAGAAGGGAGGCAGAGAGACAGACAGAGAGGACUACAGCAUGGCCGACAGCAGCAAAGAGGCUGGACCUCAUUCCCCUCCUCCACCACCCUCAGGUUUGGACCCCCCUCCUCCUCCUCCUGCGGAAAGAGAGCCCCCCUCUUCCUCAAAGAAAACCAAGUUCAGACCCCCGCCUCUCAAAAAGACACCCGACUCUCUCGACAAGGUCUUGUCGGAAACUUACUUUGAGGAGCGUUUUGCUGAGCUUCCAGAGUUUAACCCAGAGGAGGUCCUUCCUUCGCCCACUCUGCAGAGUCUGGCCACCUCACCAAGAGCCAUCCUGGGAAGCUACCGCAGGAAGAGACGUAACUCCACCGAGCUGGAGCUGACAGCAGAAGACCCCAGCUCCCCUAGGAGGAAGACUCGUCGUCUCUCCAGUUGCAGCUCGGAGCCCAACACCCCCAAGAGCGCCGCCAAGUGUGAGGGAGACAUCUUCACCUUUGACAGACCAGGUACAGAAGGAGAGGAUCUUCUAGGAGAUUUGGACAGGGUCCCCUACUCGUCUCUGCGUAGAACUCUGGAUCAGCGCCGGACCCUGGUCAUGCAGCUGUUUCAGGAACACGGCUUCUUUCCCUCAGCUCAGGCCACCGCUGCCUUCCAGGCACGCUACUCGGACACCUUCCCCACCAAAGUGUGUCUGCAGCUGAAGAUCCGUGAAGUCCGUCAGAAGAUCAUGCAGACGGCCACGCCUGGAACCCUCGAGCUCGGAGGGUCAGCCGAAGCCAACCUCGCCCCGCCCCACAGCUCCUCUUUCAAUCAAUCUGCCCGGGAGGAUGGAGGGGCGGAGCAGCAAGGAGACAAAGGCCGGAGCCCCGAGGAGCCAAAAAGCGAAGGAUCCUAAGCUGGAGAGGAUGACAAAGUGGAAAAAUCAAGGAAAAGUAGAAGAGAGAUAGGAGUGUGUCAUCCUCGCAGAAUGUUCUUGUAUGUGUUGAACCAGUACUAUGAAUGGCUCCUGCAGGAUCUGUUCUACUGGCACUAAUCUCCACAAGACCUGGGCAGAAACACAUAUGAAUAUGGUCACAAAUAUUCAAACCACUCAAGGUGCGCUUGAUUUGUCGAAUCAGACAUUUUAAAAAAAAAGCCUCAAAAGUGGAUGAAUCACCUGCAAGUCCUGAUGAGUCAAGUGCUUCUUGUAGUAUUGUUUCCCUUUUUUUCCAAGUAUUCAGAAUAUUUUCAUUUAACACUUUGCCCAGGUCUGCUCUCAGCACAUUUGUACAAUAGUUUGUAGUUUGACACACAAACUCUGUGGUACACGCUCUCUAUGUCUCUGGCACACACACAAACCAUGGUGCAUAUGUAAUCUCCAGCAUGCACGUGAUCCCACAUAAACACACACAUACACACACACACACACCCUUACCAAAUCAGACUGUUACUCUUGGUUGGCAGUCCCCAGGAGCCGCCACCAAGGACCAUGACACACAGAGGCACUUUGUCACUUAUUGUGCAGAUGCAGUUUGCUGUUGCCAGCCAGCCAGCCAGCCCUCAGAUGCCAUUGACUUGACCUCUUUCUCACCCUUCCACUCCUCAGCACAGUGGUUGGGACACAAAUACAACCCCAACGACCUCCACUAAUAUUCCACAGCCCCUCAAUGCUGCAAGACAGACAGCACACACACACACACACACACACACACAUACAGUACAUACACACACACACAGCGCAUGGACACAUCUGUGCAGUGUGAGCACUCGUACACAAACAUAGUCGAACCCGGUCUGACCAAGCCAUUGGCCUGCACAGUUGUUAGUGAUUGUAGUGAGAAGAGAAACUGAAAGCAUGAAACCUAUUCUCUCCUGAAAAACAAAAAGAAGGCAGGAGUUGGGAUGUAGUGUGACCAAUCUUUGCACCUUCAGUUAUUGCCAUUAUGAAAGACUGAGUCCUCAUUGGCGGGAGCUUAUUAUAUAUGUCUGUAUGUCUGUUGGGGUCCUCUCCCUAAACCCUGUGUGAACAAGCACCGUAAAGAGAUUAUGUAAAGAGACUAUUGGUUGUGAGGCUUUGAAGAAUCAGCGUUAAGUUCGACACUGACCGGCUCCCAACAGAGCACAGAGAAAAGGAAGAAGAAGAAACUGGACGAUGUUCUUUGGAUGGAAGAUUUAUAUUCCUACUAAAGGAAGACAGACAAUAAUAGUGAAUAAGGACAACAACAACAUGACAAGCCUACAGAGAGAAAAAGUAGAAUUUUAACCAAACUUCUCUGAAUCUCCCAGUGGAUAUAAUGUUGCUUUCUCUCGUUAUCGUUGCCGUGGAAAUAACCAGUUUUACCGUGGCCUGUUUUUCUCUCGUGGCUCUAUUGUGUUUCUUCUCCAGCAUAAAAAAAAUCACAACAAAAAAAAAACUUUGGACAAAGAAGGGGACAAAAUCAGUCUGUGGCCCCCCCUACUUUUAAUUGUACUUGGGGCGGUUCUCCCCCCCCCCCCCUUCUCUCCUCUACGAUUUCUCACCAGACACAGAAGUGGGGGAGAAGGGGCGUUUGUCGUUUUGUAAAACGCAGAAAUCAGGUGUUUGCACAAUUUGUGCGGCCCUUCUCCUCUGGGACCGCCGCAAGUAAAAUCAGGAAAGUAUUGUUUUUAGAGAUUGUUUUAGUAGAAAAAAUAAUAACCUUGUUCCGUAUGUUAUCAACCACCUUUUUCCACCCUUUUGUCCUUCUUGCUUUUUCCCUCCUUUCAACCCCUUUCUCCUCAGUCCUCCCCUCCCUCCUCACCUGUCUCCCUCAACCUCUCAAGUGUUGUUAGAAAGUGCCCUUAAGCACUGGUCCCGGGUCAAGCGCUAUGUAGCUCAGGAUGGCUCUGGUUAGGGUUAGUUCAGGGAAAGCAGAUCCUAGACCAGCCCUGGAAGGCAGUCUCUGGAGCCCUCCCCUCUUCCCUCUCUUCUCGACACUUUAUCCUUUCCCAUCAAAUGGUGCAAUAGGACAUUUAUUUUUUUGGAAAUGGGUGGGUUAUUCUGUUUUCGGGGGAAGGCUUUGUGCCAUAGAUAUUAAAUCCAGUGCAGUGAGUCAGUGAGAGGAAUGAGCUGUUGUGAUACUAUCUUUAACUAUGGUAUAAAAAAAACAAAAAAGAAUCACACAAUUAUUGUUAUUGUUGAAGAGAUAGAGGGUAUAACUUACUAAAAGUCAAAGACAAUUUUUGAAUAGCACUUUUUGGCUCUUUGCUUCCUUGGUGAAGAGUGGGGGUAGUUAUUAUUAUGGGUAUCUCUUUUGUUUCUCUGUAUACAGUUGGUUGUGUGAAAAAUAUAUAUAUACUGGUAUUUGCAUAUAUGUGCAUUUAGGUCUGUGUCUGGGUGUGUGUGUAUGUUUUGGCACAUGCAGGUAGUGUGUUAACACAACCAACCUCCUGUUCUUUCUCCACACAGCAACAUUAUCAAUAGUAUAUUUUUCAUUGUAUUCUACAUUCUAUAUUCUACUCUAGAGACAGUAUUUUUAUAGUCACCAUGACUAUUUUGUCUGCCAUCUUGACUGUUAUCAAACCCAGUUGAUUCAGGAUAUAUGAAAUAUAUUCAAGAUAUACAAUAUAUAAAUAUAAAUAUAUACAUAUAUAUAUAUAUAAACACUCACAGGAAAUAGAAGACUAUCAAUUCACAUCUCUUUGGGGUUAGGGCUGUAAAGUGUCCAUCUGCAUGCAUGUGCAAUCACAUACACACAUGCACACACACCCACACAGACAUAUGUGCAUACACACACAUGUAUGCGUGUACACUGUAUGAUUGUGCUUAAAAAUAAACUGUCCUUACUUUGGAGAAGGAAACGUAGGAUGAGCGAGGUGAGUGUUAUCUCAGAAGCAGGCAUGUUGACCAUGUGCAAUAUUUCUAAACAACAAAAAAAACUAAAUAUUGAAAAUAUUAAAGAUCUAACACAAUG